ACCUCUGUUCGAAAUCCAAUAUUGGUUCUUCAUGCCCUUUCGCCUCUGUCUGCUUAGAGUCAUAAUCAUAAAUCAUAAAUGAAUGUAUUUCUCGUAGUGCAUUUUUCUUUCCCCAUUUUUAUUAAUAAAGAAGAUAUAUUAAAAAUAAAACAAAAACUAGAUAUAAAAAAGACUUUGCCACAGCUGUUUUUCCCCCCACUAGCUUGAAUGGGAACCAGAAAUCAUUUCUAAAUCUUGCUUUGAAGGUUCGAGUAUGGUGCUUUCGAUACUGAAUGGGAACCAGAAAUCAUCUUCACCAAGCAGCCAUGGAUGAAUCCUACUGUGGAUAAUUACGUACUUCUGGAACAAUCGAAGAAUCCAUAAUUAAGGUGAUUUGAUUCCAUAUGACUUGUGAUGAUCAAUCAGCUUAGUGUUGCUCAAAACCCAGAAAUUAUCAAGUUUUUUUUUUGGGAGCAAGCUAUAGCUGCUGAGUGAGACCCAGGAAGACAAAUUAAGAGUAUAUUCAUGUCACAUGUUACUUUACAUUGUCUCUCGCCUUCGGUAUUCAAGGCUCCUCUCUCCCCAAGAAAAGCCAUUUUUCAAUUCUCUAUCACAGACUUGUGCAUUUUGCACGGUUACAUCAAUCCAAACAAAACCCACGAGGAGAACAUUUUCUGAAUAUUUCCAGCAAUGUUCCAAUCUGAAAGCUCUGGAUCCUGGUAAACAGGCCCAUAGUCAGAUGAUUGUAUCUGGGUUUGUCCCCACUAUCUUUGUUUCCAAUUGUUUGAUUCAGUUGUAUUCAAAAUGCUCUAACAUGGACUACGCCUUUAAGGUGUUCGACAAAAUGCCUCAUCGAGACUCUAUCUCUUGGAACACUAUGAUGUUUGGCUACGCAGGAAGUGGAAACAUGGUGACUGUACAGUCCUUUUUUGACUCAAUGCCUGAAAGAGAUGUGAUUUCCUGGAAUACUUUGAUCUCUUGUUAUUUACGGGAUGGGUCUGACCAGAAGGCAAUUGAAGUCUUCAUUGAAAUGAGAACGGCGAAUGUGCAACCAGACCGUACGACAUUUGCUGUUGUCCUGAGAGCGUGUUCUGGUGUGGAAAACUAUAAUUUAGGGAUACAAAUUCACUGCCUUGCUAUUCAAUUGGGUUUGAUUGAUGAUGUGGUAACAAGUUGUGCUGUGGUAGACAUGUAUUCAAAAUGUAAGAAGCUAGAUGAGGCUUCUCUGGUUUUCUAUGGAAUUCCUGAAAAAAACUGUGUAUGUUGGGGUGCUAUAAUUGCAGGGUGUGUUCAGAAUCACCAGCUUGUUGAAGGUCUAGAACUGUUCAAAGAUAUGCAAAGAGAAGGUAUUGGAGUGAGUCAAUCAACAUAUGCUAGUAUUUUUAGGGCUUGUGCAGAAUUAUCUGCAACUAGACUAGGCACACAAUUGCAUGCCCAUGCUUCAAAAGCAAACUUUCAAUAUGAUGUCAUUGUGGGAACUGCCAUAGUAGACAUGUAUGCCAAGUGUCAAAGCAUGGCAGAUUCUCGAAAGCUAUUUAAUUUGUUGCCCAAUCCUGGACGACCAUCAUAUAAUGCCAUUAUUGUCGGAUAUGCCAGGAAAGAUCAAGGUAAAGAAGCUCUGGGGACUUUUCAGUCUUUACAGAGAUCUGGUCUUGGCUUUGAUGAAGUUAGUUUGUCUGGUGCAUUUAGUGCUUGUGCCGUGAUCAAAGGGUAUUCAGAGGGGAUUCAACUACAAGGAUUGGCAUUCAAAUGUAAUUUAAUGUUUAGUAUCUGUGUUGCAAAUGCCAUUUUAGACAUGUAUGGUAAAUGUGGAGCUCUAACUGAAGCCUGUCUAAUGUUUGAUGAGAUGGUAAUGAGGGAUGCAGUGUCUUGGAAUGCAAUAAUUGCUGCUCAUGAGCAAAAUGAAGAAUUGGAUAAAACACUUCCACUUUUUGUGUCAAUGCUGCGAUCUAAAAUGGAACCAGAUGAGUUUACUUAUGGUAGUAUUCUAAAAGCCUGUGCUGGCAAGAAAAAUUUAAAGCGUGGCAUGGAGAUUCAUGGAAGAAUUAUCAAAUCUGAGAUGGGUUUAAACCCAUUUACUGCAAGCGCACUGGUUGAUAUGUAUUGCAAGUGUGGAAUGCUAGAAGAGGCGGGAAAAAUCCAUGACAGAGUGGAAGAGCAGACAGUCGUUUCUUGGAAUGCAAUCAUUUCAGGGUUCUCAUUGCAGAAGCAAAGUGAAAAUGCCCAGAUGUGUUUUUGUCACAUGCUCGAAAUGGGUGUAACACCCGACACCUUCACAUAUGCUACAAUUCUCGAUACUUGUGCUGAUUUGGCUACUAUUGAACUUGGGAAGCAGAUUCAUGCUCAAAUCCUCAAGCUACAAUGGCAUUCAGAUGCAUACAUAGCCAGCACUCUUGUAGAUAUGUACUCAAAAUGUGGAGAAAUGCCGGAUUCCCAAUUAAUGUUUGAGAAAGCACCUAACCGAGAUUACGUUACAUGGAAUGCCAUGAUUUGUGCUUAUUCCUGCCAUGGUCUUGGAGAAGAGGCCAUUAAAGUAUUUGAGGAGAUGCAGCUUCUGAAUCUCAAACCAAACCGGGCGACCUUUAUCUCAGUCCUCAGAGCUUGUGCACAUAUGGGUUAUGUAGACAAAGGGUUAAACUACUUCCAGAAAAUGCAAAGCCACUAUGGUUUGAAUCCUGAGUUAGAGCAUUACUCAUGUAUGGUGGAUCUACUUGGUAGAUCAGGCCAAGUGAGUGAAGCUUUGAAGCUUAUUGAAAGCAUGCCUUUUGAAGCUGAUGAGAUCAUAUGGAGGACUCUGCUUAGUAUUUGCAAGAGGCAAGGGAAUGUAGAAGUGGCAGAAAAAGCAGCAAGUUAUUUACUGCAAUUAGACCCUCAAGACUCUUCUGCAUAUGUUCUUCUAUCAAAUAUUUAUGCUGAUGCAGGGAUGUGGGUUGAGGUUUCAAAGAUAAGAAGAAUAAUGAAGGAAUAUAAGUUAAAGAAAGAGCCUGGUUGCAGCUGGAUUGAGGUAAGAGACAAGGUAAAUGCAUUUAUUGUUGGAGACAAGGCGCAUCCAAGAUGUGAAGAGAUAUAUGACAAAAUUCAUUUGCUUCUUUAUGAGAUGAACUGGGCUGGGUAUGUACCGGAUGUUCAUUUUAUGAUUGAUGAUCUGGUAGAAGAUGAAGAAGAGUCUCAGGAUUACAAGGCAAUCUAUACUUAGUGUGAGAUGAUAUAUAUAGGAAUACAUCUGAAAGGGUUUUAGACUUCCAUUAAAUUAGAAUUCUAUUUUAUCUAUACUUAAUGAUA